CCACUACUAUACUAUACGGCGGACAGCUGCGUUCGAGACGAAGGGCCACGAUGGACCAGUGCUCUGUUUUUACAGUGCCAGCCACUUUGCCGCUGUCCUGCUCACUGUCCUUCUCCUUUCACCACUGUCUUUCUCUUUUGAUCAUGUGUGUGUGGACAGCCAUAUAAGCGCCUGCAUGCGUGGUAGAGGGCAUCAAUCAAAUUAUCCGCAAUAUUGUAAACCCUAGUUUCUUAGCUACCGUAGAAAUCCCCAAUUAGUAGACGAGUCUCCGCCAUCGGAUCAACAAAUUAAUGUGCUUGGAUCAGAUCACAAACAAGCUAUAUUUAGAUUCAUGCUAAAAUUGACUUCGUCUGAGGGGUUUGCAUGGUGUUUUGAAGAUUACCGCUUGGAGUGUCGACCAUACUAUGGAAGUAUUGAAUCUUACUCUCUCUUAAUGCAAAGUUGUGCGAUUUGUGUCUAUCAGUGUUUAACCAAUUUUUUCUAAACAGUUAUUGGGAUUAUCUCAAUUUUUUGGCGACAACAGUUAGUAGGCUGUAUAUUUUACUCCAAUUUUUUGGAGUUCUGAUUUCCAUUGAAAGUGAAAGUGAUACAUGUAGGGGUCAUCAAAUUUAUUUGUGUUCUGUUGUGGACUACUAUCUUUCUUGAGGAAGUGGUCACUGCAAGUUAAAUGCGCCAGGCUUACUGAAGGCACAUAUGUUUGCUACUAAGUGCAGGUAUUUCCGUAUUUGUGUAUUCAGAAAUUAAAAGAUGGAUGGUGAGUGUAGCAGGGGUGAUAACCAGGAGAGCAUAUUAAACCAUCAAACUUCAGAACCACGCUAUAUGACAUACGAAUAUUUGGAAAGCAUCACAAAUGUCUUCUCCGAGGAGCACAUAAUUGGCCGUGGUUCUUAUGGUGUUGUAUACAAGGGAGUAGAAGAUGGGAAAACAAUCGCUGUGAAGAAGUUUAAGCCCUUGUUCGACGAGAAGAAAUUUAUGAAAGAGGUUAAUUAUCUUAAAAUGCUUAACCACAAGAACAUAGUGCCUUAUAUAGGCUACUGCAAUGAAAACCCAAAAAUAAAACAAAUGUUCAAUGGGGAAUUGGUUUUAGUGGAGGAGCCACAUAUGUUGCUUUGCAUGGAGUAUCUCCCUAACAGAAGCCUGAGAGAUUAUAUUGCUGAUAAAUCUUCCAGACUUGAUUGGCGGAAGUGGUACACAAUAAUUGAGGGUAUUUCCCAGGGAUUAAAUUACCUUCUUGGGCAAGAUCCACCGGUAACUCACCUGGACCUAAAACCAGAAAACAUAUUGCUAGAUGAUAAUAUGGAACCAAAAGUUGCGGACUUUGGUUUGUCAAGACUGCUGUACGAAAACAAUACUAUCGAGACUGUGAACUUCGCUGGAACACUAGGUUACAUGCCACCAGAACGCAUACACGAAAACAAAAUUUCAACCAGGUUUGACAUAUUCAGUUUUGGUGUAAUAAUUCUGGAGAUAAUAAUAGGAGACAGAAAUUACCCAGCUGUUAAUGAGACGCCUUUCGAUGACUUCAUCGAAAUGCAACUUCAAAAAUGGGGAGAAAAAAAGAUGAAUAAACAGGACAAUACUUCUUUCAAAAUUGACUGCCAGCAGAUAAGAAGAUGCAUUCGUAUAGGUCUACUAUGUGUGCAACCAGACAGGAAAAAGAGGCCUGAAAUCAAGGAUAUUAUCCAGAUGCUUCGUGAUUAUCUUGAUGAGGAUAUAUCCGUACCAAAGGAGUUGAUUGUGGUCGAACCACGAGAGCUCCGGUUUUGCUUGGAGCCUAACAAGCGCAUUCGUUGCCUCGUGAAUAUAACUAACUGCACACAUCAGCAUGUCAGGUUUCACUGUAGGGUGAAGAAGGCGGCAAGCAACCACUACUCCUUCGAACCAGAGAAAGGCACCCUCUGUCCUUUUAGCAUAUUAACUGUAUCAUUUGUAAUUGAAGAGCUCGGGGAGUUACCAUUGGACUUCAAGUGCCAUGAUCAACUACUCGUGACGAGCACCGAGAUGCCUGACGACAAGCCCUUUCCAACCAGUAUGAGAUACAAAGUUGACUUGACAGUUGUUUAUGAGCGACCAGUUCGUCCAGUCGAACCGCCUUUGGUACCACGUGCGGGUUUUCCGGAAAACCAAUACAUGGAUAUAUUGAUUAACUGCAUACGUCAGAAUCUGGGAUUCUUCAAUGGUAGGCCUAUUGCAGCUUGUGUUGUCUACAGGUGCCUAUUACAAUGGAAAUCAUUCGAAGCGGAAAGAACUGAUCAUUUCGAUCGUAUUAUGACCUGUAUGCAUAGUGCAGUAUAUGACCAAGGCUAUAGCGAGUUGGCAUAUUGGCUCUCCAAUUCAUGCACAUUACUCGUGCUUAUGCAACGAACAUUCGAAACAGCACCAACAACUAUAUUUGGUCCUCGGAGACGUUUGAAAUUUGUUGAACUAGUCAAGAGGAUAAUUGAGGAACUGAAGGGAAAUCCAGGUUUCCGUAAUACCCACUUGAUUGAAGAAUUGAGUGGCCAUAAAGCCCGACGUCCUGCUAUGCUUUUCAAAGGGCACCUUACAUCUUUCCUUGAGAAGGUCUAUGAAAUGAUGAUGGGCCAUCUGACACAAGAGCUGCGGCAGUUGUUUUUUUGUAGCAUCACGGAACCGACAAUAUUUCAAACUUUGUUUGACCAUUGGCAGGUCAUUGAGCAAAUAUUAACCAAGUACUCUACCGUUUUGAAAUCCAAUUAUGUUCCUCCAUUCUUAAUCAGCAAAUUCUUCACACAAGUCUUUUCACAUAUUAAUGCCCAGCUGUUCAAUAUUUUGCUUCGCCAAAAGAAAUGCUAUUAUUCUAGCAACGCAAAAUAUGUGAAAGCUGGAUUGGAAAGAUUAAAAGUUUGGUGCAGUUCUCAGACUGAAGAGUAUGCAGGUUCUUCGUGGGAACAAUUGAGGCAUAUUAGGGAGGCUGUCCUAUUCCUCGUUGUUGAUGGAAAGUCAAAGAAAACUCUGACAGACAUCAGUAAUUUGUGCCCUGUGCUGACUGAACCACAUCUGUAUCAAACCAUCACAAUGCAUUGGGCUAACACAGAUAGCAGAAAUACUGUUUCACCGGAGGUUUAUUCGUUUGCUGCAUUGUCUAAAAAACGCAUGAUAUUUGAGCAUGCAUCGAUGGAAGAUUCUAGGGAGGCAUCGAUGGAGGAUUAUAAGAAUACAUCGACUGAAGAUUCGAAGAAUAAAUUUAUGGAAGAUUCUAAGAAUGUAUCGAUGGAAGCUUCAGAGAAAGAAAGGUUGAAAUACGAAAAAGAAUUGGAUAGUUGGAUCACAUCCAUAUCUUUGUUGGAGCCACCAAGCAUUCCAUUUUCUGUGGAUGAUAUCUCCAAGUCAUUGGUUACAUUUGCGGACACAAAUGUUGAUGUGCCAGCUCAGAUCCGUAAUAACCCUUGCUUCAACUUCCUACACGAAAGAACAGACUAGUAGCCCAUGGUCACUGGCGACCUGGGUUGAGGUUACUUCGACGACAUUACAUUAAUUUGAUUGUGUGUUGUUCAGUAAUUUACAAGAAUUUUUACCAGAGUAUGGGUGAUGAUAGAUUGAUAAGGUAUACAUAAUAGUUGAGAAUGCAAAAAGGCAGUCUUUUCUUA